UGACGUCAUCUUAGUUCGUCUGCAUGUCUGCAUUCUGAUGUGAUUUUGCCUUUGUUGUUCCAAGCUUUUUGUCAACUUGACACGAGAACAACUUGGAGACAGAGUGUCUUCCCUCAAGUCUCACUUCAUUUUUUGAGAUAAAUUUCAGUCGAAAUGGUUCGCGAGGUGAAAAUGGCUCCGUUGAGGCCGCUCGACGAUUUCUUGUUGAAUUCAGCAAGGUAUCAGCUCCCAAAUUUUUCUGAUUUGGACAAAUGGGGAAAUCGAGUCACCAACAACUUUUUGUACUACCAAACUAACUACUUCCUAAUGGCUGUGAUGAUAUUCCUGUUAGUGGCAGUGAUUCACCCUGUUGAAAUGCUGAGCGGAAUGACUGCCAUGGUAUUAGCGUUUGGUUUAUUCUACUAUUUAACAAACGCAAAACCUGGAGUGGAUCGCUUCAAGAAAGAACAUCCACUUAUCAGUGUUGGUCUUAUGCUGGCAACUGGCUACUUCUUUGUUUAUGUUAUUGGCGGAGUUCUCACAUUUGUCUUUGGCACACUUCUUCCAAUUUUUGUGGCUUUCAUCCAUGCAUCACUACGAACAAGAAACAUAAAGAACAAGAUUGUUAACAAAAUUGAGGGACUGGAUGUCUUCCAGAAAACUCCAAUGGGCCUGUUUCUAGAUACUCUUGUAGGAGUGACGGACGCAGUAGAUGCCGACUUCGAAACACAGCUUGCGAGGAAAGCCAAGGGACUGCUCCACGACAUUGGGAGUAAGAGUAAAUCAAAUUAGAGUUCUACAUGACAUCAUUACAACGUUUUACAGAAAAGACUGGCUUGAGCUUUGUGAUAUUUGUGUGGCAAUGCUACAUUUAAUUAGGUACCUCCAGAUCUAUAGUUAAUUACAAUUGUACAUUGUUCAAGACAAUUCCUGAUGAUUGCCAUUGGAGGUGUGCUAUACAUGUGUUACAUGAUUUUCCCCAAUAAGUCCCUUAGGAUGCAUAACUUCUUCCUUGCCAAAUCUAUUAUGCAUUAUUAUUUGUUGUUUUCCAUAAGCAUCAUUGUUCUUUUUCUUUUUUCUUUCAGUUUGUUAUCCUUUUUAUGGAAAUAUUUCAAAUUGUUUGAAAAACUAAUAUAUUAUUGUCUGUUCCUCAUGAAACAGUUCAGGCAGUUAAAGUGGCCCUCUAACAAGAGACACCACCCCUCACCACCUUCAUUUCAGAGUUUGCAAAUACAGCCGGGAUCUCCUCAUGCAAUUUAGACUGUUCAUUAAUGAUGAAUGUAUUUUUACAAAUUAUGAAGGCAUUUUGGUGCACCUAUAGGGACGUAUUCGAAAUUGAUGCAUCCUGUUGGGCCUCUCAUAGAGGCACCAAAAUAUUCUCAUGAUUUGUUGCAUUUCUGAGCUACGUACAUUGCACUAGCAAACCUGUGCUGAGUCGGUAAAUUAUAAAAACUGAAAUGAUGGGCAAUGGAUGAUGAAUUAUAUUGGAGGGCCACUUUUAGAAGACUUUUUGUGAUAUGAUUGAGGAUUGACAUUAAUGUGUAGUGUAUUAAGAAUAAUAAGUGACUACUUUUAUGCUCUCAUA